AUGGCGUCAUACCGCUUCCUCGUCCAGCAGCUAACCGGCUUCUUCGACGGCUGUGAAUUUCAUCACGUGCCACGGGCCAACAACGAGGCGGCGGACGCCCUGUCCAAGAUUGGCUCAACCCGGCAGGCGAUUCCGCCAGGCAUUGCCCUACAGCAUUUGCGGAAGCCAUCCAUCACACCGUCACUGGAGUCGGAUUCCAUAUUCGUGCCGGCUGACCCGGGGGCUUCUCAGCUAAACUCGGGGGCUUAUCAGCCGAACCCGCCGGCUCCACAGCCGAACCCGGCGACCGUGCAGUCGAACCCGGGGGCUCUUCAGCCAAAGUCGGGGGCUUAUCAGCCGAACCCGUCGGCUCCACAGCCGAACCUGGCGACCAUGCAGUCGAACCCGGGGGCUCUUCAGCCAAAGUCGGGGGCUUAUCAGCCGAACCCGGUGACCAUCAAGUCGAACCCAGAAGCUCCCACGCUGGAGGCCUUGUUGGCAGAUUGA